AGGAGCUGUUGGCCACAGAAACCUCAGGUGGGAUGCCAAGAGGUAGAUCCUCUUGUAAAUGAGAGUGUUAGCUGGAGGAUAGAGUCAGUAAAGAUUUGAGAAGUGCCUGUGUUCGCCAUGCUGUGGACUGCAAGUCUUUGCCUCCUCUGGGCCUCGUCCAUCCUCGGAGCCCCGGCAAACAAACAGAGACAGAAGGUGCUGCUGAUCUCCUUCGAUGGAUUCCGGUGGGAUUACGACCGUGAUGUGGACACACCGAACCUCGACAAAAUGGCCAAGGAUGGAGUCAAAGCCCUGUAUGUCACACCUCCUUACCUCACUAUCACCAGUCCUACACACUUCACCCUCUUGACAGGCCGCUACAUUGAGAAUCAUGGGGUAAUCCACAACAUGUGGUUCAACAUCACCAGCACCGAGAAGAAGCCUUACUAUCAGACUCAGUUUGUGAAUGAGUGGUGGGACAAUGGCACUCUGCCUAUCUGGAUCACAGCGCAGAGACAGGGCUUAAAAGCUGGCUCUCUUCACUUUCCUGGCACAGCUUCCAGUUACCAGGGACAGGUUGCUAUGGUGCGGGAAGUGGAGCCACUGCUUUACAACUACAAAAACGAGACCGCUUGGCGAGAGAAUGCAGACAAGGUGAUGGACUGGUUCAGAGACCAGGAUCUGGACUUUGUAUCCCUGUACUUUGGUGAGCCGGACGGCACAGGCCACAGAUAUGGACCUGAUUCCCCAGAGCGUCGGGAGAUGGUCAAGCAAGUGGACCGGACGGUGGGUUAUAUUCGACACUCAGCUGAGCAACACGGGCUGACUGACCACCUUAACAUCAUCAUUACAGCAGACCACGGCAUGACCACGGUGUACCGAAACGGUCUGGUGGAAGAGAUCACCCUGUCCAAGAUCCCGGGCUUCUCGUUCCGUGACCUGUCCUUUCACCUGGUGGACUUUGGCCCUUCUGGGAUGCUGUUGCCGAAGCCAGGCAAACUGGAGAAGGUUUACAAUGCCUUGAAGGGGGCCCAUCCACACCUCCAUGUGUUCAAGAAGGAGGAGAUGCCAGAGCGCCUCCACUUCGCCAAAAAUGAUCGCAUCCUCCCCAUCAUUUUAUGGGCCGACCCUGGAUAUGUAAUCAAUGGGUACUUUCCGGUUCAGUUCAACAAGGGUGAGCACGGCUAUGACAACCACGAGAUGGACAUGAAGCCCUUCUUCAGGGCAGUGGGUCCAGCAUUUCACAAGAACCUGGAGGUGGGGCCCUUUGAGACGGUGAACAUCUACCCCUUGAUGUGUCAUAUUCUGGGCAUCCAGCCUGAGGUCAACGAUGGCCACCUUAAUGCCACCAAACACAUGCUGGUUACGAGCGCUACCACUCAGGGUGGAGAUAUUAAUUUCCUGCAAAAUGUCUUCACUGGACUGACUGCAGUGGCUGGAUCUCUUGUUGUAAUUUUUAUAGUAAUGACAUCCCACAAAAUACUCUACAACAAAUGCAAAAAUAAAAGAUCAGGAAAUCCAGAACAUCUUCCAGAAAAAGAAAAGACAAAACAAACUUCGCUCUGAUGAUCAUACACACACAAAAACUUUCUGCUGCAGCCUGACAUUGACAACCAGCUGCCUGUGGACAGUCCUGGAUGAUUUCUUUCAUCCCAUGAGCGGAAAUAAACUGUGAAUUACACAAGA